AUGCUACACACUGAUGUGCUUGUUUCCUUUUACCAACUCUCAUGUAAUUUCCAAAGGUGUCUCUGCUAUGUGGAACCUCAGAAUCUAACAGGGGCAUUGGAAUUCCUCCUUCUGGGCUUCUCAGAUGAUCCGGAACUGCAGCCUCUCACUUUUAGCCUGUUCCUGUCCCUGUUCCUGGUCACUGUCCUGGGGAACACGCUCAUCAUCCUGGCCGUCAGCUCUGACUCCCAGCUGCACACCCCCAUGUACUUCUUCCUCUCCAGCCUGUCCAUGGCUGACAUUGGCUUUACUUCUACCACUGUCCCAAAGGUGAUUUUGGACGUUCAGACUCAUAGCGGAGUCAUCUCCUAUGCUAGCUGCCUGACUCAGUUGUCCUUCUUUAAUUUUUUUGGAUGUUUGGACAGUGCACUCCUCACUGUGAUGGCCUAUGAUCGGUUUGUGGCUAUUUGUUGCCCCCUGCACUACCCGGUCAUCAUGAACUCCCGCCUCUGUAGCCGGCUGGUUCUGGUGUCAUUUUUGAUCAGCCUUUUGGACUCCCAACUGCACUGCUUGAUGAUAUCACAGCUUUCCUUUUGCACAAACAUGGAAGUUCCUCAUUUCUUCUGUGACCCUCCUCAACUCCUCAAGCUUGCUUGUAAUGAUACCUCUACGAAUCAAAUAUUAUUCUAUUUUAUUGGGGCCAUCUUUGGUGGUAUUCCAGUCUCAGGUAUCUUCUUCUCUUACUAUAAAAUUGUUUCCUCCAUUCUGAGAAUCUCAUCGUCGAGUGGAAAGUAUAAAGCCUUUUCCACCUGUGGUUCUCACCUGUCAGUUGUUUGUUUAUUUUAUGGAACAGGCCUGGGGGUGUACCUCAGCUCUGCUGUCUCUCAUUUUCCCAGGAAGGGUGCAGGGGCCUCAGUGGUGUAUGCUGUGGUCACCCCUAUGCUGAACCCUUUCAUCUACAGUCUGCGGAACAGGGACAUCAAGAGGGCCUUGCAGAGGCUACUCAACAGAAGAGCCUAG